UGAGUUACUGCAGAUUGUCAGCAACAGCAGUCAAACUUGCCAUAUUUAAAUAUAACGUAGUUAAUAUUGACAGAUCACUUACAGUGUAUGUGUAGUAGUAUUUCAUGCACAGAGUGAUUGCAGUUUCCCGCGACGCGUUCAGUGUAGCCCAGGCUGCGUUCACAAGCACCGCUGUGCUCUUGAUUGUUGUUAAAAGUGGUGCUCACAGCUACCACAACACGAGCAUGUUUGUUUUGCACUGUCGACGGUUUCUAAAGCCGGUCUCGCCUCCAGCUGCACUCUUCUCACCAGCUCUGUAUUUUGCCAAAUACACUAAAAUUGUGCAGAAGAAGCUGAAGUCCUCAGUGGUGGAGCCAGAGCCGUCCAGCUCGCUUCCUGCGCCCCUGUCCCCGGAUCAGCUCGACAGGAUCGCCCGCAACAAGAAAGCUGCUUUGGAGAAACUCUCUUCCGCACACACACCUCCAGGGUUUGGGGAAAGCUGGAGAAAGGGGCUGUCGGCAGAGUUUGCAAAGCCCUAUUUUAAUAGGUUGAUGAAUUUUGUUUCUGAAGAGAGGAAACGCCAUACUGUGUACCCACCUGCUGAAGAUGUCUUCACCUGGACUCAGAUGUGUGAAAUCAGAGAUGUCAAAGUGGUGAUUCUUGGCCAGGAUCCAUACCACGGCCCUAACCAAGCCCAUGGAUUGUGCUUCAGUGUCAAAAAACCAGUGCGUCCUCCACCCAGUUUGGAGAACAUGUACAAAGAGCUGGUGUCGGACAUUGAGGGCUUUGAGCACCCUGGACAUGGAGAUCUGACUGGAUGGUCCAAACAAGGUGUGCUGUUGCUCAAUGCUGUGUUAACGGUGCGAGCGCACCAGGCCAACUCCCACAAAGACAAAGGUUGGGAGACCUUCACUGACGCUGUGGUGCAGUGGCUCAGCAACAACCUGGAAGGGGUGGUCUUCAUGCUGUGGGGAUCAUAUGCUCAGAAGAAAGGCGCUGCUAUUAACAGGAAACGCCACCAUGUCCUGCAGGCUGUGCAUCCCUCGCCUUUGUCUGCUCAUAGAGGAUUUUUUGGGUGCAAGCAUUUCUCCAAGGCCAACGAGCUGCUGCAGAAGUCUGGGAAAUCUCCCGUGGACUGGAAGGCACUUUAAGUUGUUCAUGUAACGUUAUGUUUGUUAACUACAGAUCAAAAAACUCAUCCAUAAGCUUUUACAGUUUCAUGUUUUAGCAACAGUAUGUCCAGAGAUCUCUUUAUGUUCAUGUUGGGAGUUUAAACUACAGUGCGAUACAGCGAAUUUCCUCAAACUGUUACUUCAGUGUUGUAAAUAUGUUUGUGUAUGUUGCCUUUAUGUUUUUUAUUGAAAGCUUGGUUCUAUUAAAGUGGUUCCAAAAAGGAAGUAUUAAUGUCUCUUAAUUUGGUCAGUGCAGUUAAAUUUAAAAAUAUGAUCACUUCCUCAUACUCGGGGAGUAGUAGAUAUUACUGUAGGUACUGCCUAUGAUCCACUAUAGAGUUUCAGAAUCACUUUGUCAUUUAUUGUGAAUUUGAGUGCACCAAACAGCUUUGGCUAUUUUUUUUAAAAGACAGCCAGGAUAACUUCAGGGCCCAGAAUUGAUUUGAAACACGCCAAACUUCAAAGAAGUGGAUGAUAUAUCUGACACCUAAUUACUGUAACAUUAUUCAACCUUCACAGGUCAAUUAACUUAGGAUAGAUAAUUUGUGAGCACUGUAAUACAAGAAAAAAUCAGUAAUUUUAAUACUUAAUUUUAAGACUUUUACCAGAGUGCUAUUCUAUCAAAGGGAUUUCAACGUUCAAGGAGUCUUUAUUGGUAUUACAAUCACGUUACAUGAGGUGGAAACGAAAAAAUCAUACUUGUGUUCCUUGCUAAGACCAAAUAACAAAUAGAAUAAAAGCUAAACGGCAAUAAAAUCAAAAUAACAUAAACUACCAGACUUAGACAUUGACUAAGAUACAAAAGAUAUAUAUAUAUGUAUAUAUAUAUAUAGUAUACAUAGCAACAGCAGCAGAUUUUAUGAACAGAUGAUGCAUGUCUGAAUGUAAACGUGCAGUAUGUACAAAUGGUACCAUCAAAUGUAAUUAAUUGUAUACUUUUCUACCUUUCCUUACGAGAAGGGUGUGUGUAUUUACCUAUAAAAUGUAUUAGGUCUGUGACAUAAAUUGCACUCACUCAUUUGAGUGUAGACUACUUCAUAUGAUCACUUGCCUGCAGCUCUGUAAGAAUCCUGAACAGCGUUUUUAUGGUUUAAGGAAAAUAAAGAUUUUCCAAG